CAGGGCCGCGGGCGGCACUUUCUGCGCUUGGCCCUGCAAGGGAAGGUGCUGGCGCUGGCCGUGAGGCAGCUGGCACAGACCCCCCGACUCCUGGAGGUGCGCUCGUGGGGGGAGCUGCCACCCACAGGCGGCGGGCUGAGAAACAGAGGCGUAACCUGGGCUCUUUCACUGGGUUUCAGUUUUAUGAUCCAGGGAGCUCCAUCCUCGGCAGUGAAGAUCUCCGGGAGCCCUUCCUCUCGCUGCUGCUGGUGCUGACAGAGAUAGAUUUCUCCCUGGACCCGCAGAAUUGCAGCUUCUUGGACGAGAGCUGGCUGCUGCCGGUGUGCAGUACUUACGAGACAGUCCCGUGCCAAGCACUGGGGAUGGUGCUCAGGUAUGUGGAUGGCCGAGUCUUUGUCACCAAGGUACUCCCUGAGAGCCAGGCAGAGGUGGACGAGGUGGUGCUGGCCGGUGACAUCCUCGAUGAGAUCAACGGCUGCUCACUGAGAUCUGCCUCCCCCGGGCAGGCUGGGGCUGUGCUGCAAAAGCUGAAGGGACAACCGCUCACCUUCCGCCUGCUCCGGUGGCGGUGGCACGAUGGGACGGUCUUUGAGCCGCUCCUGCCCUACCUGAAGGCCCUGAAGGAGAAGGAGCCCCACUUCCAGCUCCAGCACAGCCCCCAGCACAGGGGCAAGGGGGGGCCCUGGCAGCUGCAGGGGGGCAGGCUGCUCUACAACCUGCGGUUCCUGGGCCAGACCAGCGUUGGGACGGUGAGGCUGUGGGGCAAGAGACCAGCCAUGAAUCAUCUCUUCUGGAGUUCUUUUCAUCUGUCCAAGGGUUAUUCCCUCCUUCUCAUUCCAUUUCAGUAUGGUGGCAAAGAGGUGCUGGAGGGGGCCAUCCCUGCCAUGCUGGAGAGGAGCUUGGCAGCGCGGGAGGUUUUAUUUGAUGUGAAGGAGACAGAAGUCCUUGUGCAGGAGAAGGCUUCUUCCAAGCUCCUGUGCCGCCAUCCCUACCCCUCCAUCUCCUGCGUGGGACGCUGCACGUGGAGCCCCAGGAUCUUUGCCUUCUGUGUGGUCUCUUCCCCCGAGAGCCCUGAUGGGAGCACAUUCGACUGCCUGGUGUUUGCAUCCAGUUCUGAGCAAGAAUGCGAGGAAAUCGUCGGGAGAAUCGGAGCUGAGGCUGCUACUGCAGCACCAAAUCAAGCAUUCACAAACAAAUCCUAUUACUCGGAAUCUUUCAUUUUCAGUUGGCCUAAAUGCAGGCUUUGUGGUUCUUCCUGAAUUACAUGGGCUACUGAGGAUCCUCAGAUUUGCCACGGGAACAUUCCUGGCAGGCAGGGUCCCUGGAGAGAACUGCCCUGGUGAUUGACCUGAGAUCACCGAGCCUCACCUAGUUUGAGCUGGUGCUUAACUUUGUGUCUAAGUUGUGAACCUAAUUACUUUGUAUCAAAGGAAUAUCUUCCCCUACAGCUUUAGCAAGGAGAUUAAGAAAAUACUUGUUUCAAAACCUACCAUUUCAAAACAGGAUUCUGGCAGGAUACUGCUGUGAGCCAGGGGCUGGGUUUGCUCCGAGUGCGCUUGGGGCAGUGUAGGACAGGGAGGUGAGGAAGAGGAGGCUGUGUAAGAAGGUGGGUGAGGAGUGCCUGUUCCUCCAGCUGAAGGAUUUAAGCACACGGAGUGGUUUGUCUAAGGGAGAAGCGCACAAUGAGGCACCACCGUCCCAGCAGUAGCUGAGGGAUGCAGGCCCUGCCUCCCAGAGCGAGUUGGGAUGGAUUUCAUGCUCUUCCUCACCAUCACGGUGGGAUCUCAUGGACAGCCAGCACCAAUUUAUUCAAGUCUGGUCAGAACUGCUGCUACUCUUCCCCCAGAACACCUCACACUUCCAUUGGAAUAAACCAAGCCAGGCUGGCUCAACCACUUCCCUGUGCUGCUUUCUGCGACAACUCCAGCCUUACUCGUAGAGCCUGUUCUGGCAGGGCUCAGCAGCCUUACCCUCCAAGCUCAGUGUUAAUUACCGUGGUUCAGGUGCAGUCUGAGCACUUUCCUCCAUCACAGCCCAGCAGCUGAGGAACACAGGCCUGCCUUAGCUCAGCCCAAAGGUUUGAAUCCAGAUUCCAUCCACAAGUGUGGAUGGGAAACGAGAAUCCCAUGGAGCACCCACCCAUGUGCUCAGCAGCCCAUCUGCUCCCAGGGUGUACCAUCAGCUGCUCCCCUUGCACACCAUCCCCCCGUGCAGAUCCAGGACUGGCACAGCCCAAGCCCAUGGGAACGCUCUCCCCCCUGCUUGGGAACAGCCAGACCAGUCACAAUUCCAAAAUAAACUUCCCCUGCAUGCACUGGAAAGGAAGAAAGAACUUAGAGCUAAGCUUGUGCCCUGCUUAGAGAAAAAUCCCCCAAAAACCCACUGCAGCCUCAGCCAGUCAUCCUGGACCCUACACAGCUGUAGGGCUCUGCUCUCACAGGCCACAGCUAGGACUCAAGCUGCACAAGAUCUCCAAAAUACUCCAGAAGUUCUCAGUUCUUCUGCCAGCAGAGGUUAAGAUGACACAG